ACAAGGAAUCGAACACUUCUUCGCCUUACCGAGGGCGAUUCUAAUGGCUCAGAAAAAGGCCGAGAGCGAAGAGUAUUAACCGUUUUUCUUGUGCCUUGGCUCCUUCCCAGAUAAAUUUACUUUGGGGAAGGACAGCCGACGGAUAGUACUCUUCAACCUGUGAAUUUCAAUGUCGAGGUUUCAAAAGAGGAAUUAAUACGCCAGUACAAAGUGGUUGGAGGAGAGAAUUUCAACGUUGAAAUCAGCAUCCAGGUACCUCCGAAAAGAAGCAGCACAUGCCAGCGUCAAGGGCGACCCCCGCAGCAGCCGAAGGACCAGGCGGCAGAAUCGACCGCCAUUAAGCAAGGAAACGAAAAAAAAGAAAAAAAAACUCGAGGUUGAGAGCGAGCGGCCAUGAGUCUCUUCAACCUCCCAAUCGUCGGGGAUUCCCUCCUCCUCCCCACCAUCCUCACGUCCCUCAUCGUGGGCUUCAUGUUCCUCAUCCUGUCGGAGAGGAAGCGAGCGAAGGGCGGGUCGUCCUCGAGGCCCCCGACGAAGGGCACGACGGUGGAAGAGUCCGAAACGCGCGAGGCUGUGGAGGACGUGGGCGCCGACGGGGAGGCUGGAGGUGAAGAGGAACAGGGCGAGGGCGAGGGGGCCAAGGGGGAGAGCAGUAGCUGUUCCUCGGGGAGCGAAGAGGACCUGGGGAGAAGAAGAAGAACCGAAGAAGAAGAAGAAGCAUCGUGCCAAGGGGCGAAAGGCGUCGAAGAAGACCGUGUCGGAGGUGCUGGUGUGGACCGACGAGGAGGAACUCAGUCAGGGUUGUGUUGAGGAAUUCACAAGGAGCUUCGUGACGGGGGGUCUCACCUGCUCGACCUGCGUGUUGUUGGACGAAUCUCGACCUAGUCUUUCAUUCAUAGAAGGUGGACCAACUUCAUUGAACUUAUUCAUGCUCACAUCCGCGGAAAAUUGCGAAGAACUUAUAAACACAUUACUUCAGCACACGAGAAAGGACGACGAAGACAAAGCCAAUUUCAUCUACAGUAUUGUUUGCAUAGCGGAAUCAAACACCGAUCAGCUGAUGUCGGCUGCACAGAGAUUAAACGACGAACUGGGCGAAAAAGGAGGGACUAAGUGGCUGCCUCUCGCUUGCAUCUCCAGCAGUGACCAAGAACACGAGGACCAGGAAGUGCUCUCCCCUCUCGAGUACACCACGAAAGUCUUGAAUAAAGUGAAGAAGAUUUCAAAGAAGUGUUGUGGUACCUCCUGUGGCACCAAGAAAUCCGUCGAUAUAGAAGACCUGGCAGCCUCCCUCUUACCAGCUAUUACUCCUGUGAAAACAUAACCCCACAUGAGAAGGAGAGAUGGGCGGUAGACACGAAAGGUUGUUGGUGGUGAAAUUAUCAUGUUUGUUAUCAUUCUAGCCACCUCCACCACUGGCAUUCUCGAAGUUGGUGUUAAAUCGGUCGUAUGAUGAUAAAGUUGGUUUGAUUUUAUUAUAUAUGAUUGUCAUCAGCGUGUAGUAGUCAGUAAAUGUCAUUUCUCAAGUUUUUAUAAUGAAGAUACGACAAAGCUGAACACUGCAAUGCAAUAAGAGAAAAAAGGAAUACAAUAAAGUAGUUUUUUUCCAUUCAUUGCUUUCCCCGUAGAAUACAUUCUAAUAGGAAAAAAAAUCAAUGGUGCUUGGACAACUAUCAUAGUAUCGUCGACCCUUUACUAUGCUGUUUCUGUUUUGUGAAAGCAUCAUGGUACGUCGUCACUUUCACUCGAGGAAAGUACCACCUCGAAGAUAUUAUUCCAUACUGCUGUGAUAUUGCUUGCUGUCUCCCAUGAGCUUAAUGUGAUAAAAAAAGGUAGUGAAGUCUCCUCUCUCGGCUGCUGAGGGUGUAUCAUUACAUGACUUGGGCAUAUUGUGUAUGUGUAUGCGUAUUUAUUUUAAGACGACGAGUGUGGUUCUGCAGACGCGAAGACGGAGGACGUGGAAUAGGAGAUUUGAAACCGUGAGAAAAAGAGAUAAGAGAUUGAAAACGGAAUCAUUGGUGUAUGCACAAGUAUAUAUUGUAUAUAUGGGACUCAUCCUGCCUGCGGUGAGUUUUUCUUUUUUUGGUAUAAAGAAACAACAGUGAUCUGUA